AGUUGCGACUACCACUCACGGAUGUUGGCUUUAUCUAUCGCUUCUGCCCAUCGUUCCUGGGCACCGAUCCAAUCAUGCGUAUAUCUGGUCAUAGAAACUUUCUUCGUGCUGUUCAGGGCAGACUAUGCUGCUACAAGAAGGGAUUCUGUAUCGAUACGGAUUUCUUCCGGAAAUGUUAUUGUCGACGAAUAAAUAUAAGUACUUCAACACGACAGAUAUUAUGAAGCCGAUAAG